CAGCCCCUCCUGUGAUGGAGUGAGUGGAGAUAGAGGGAGAUAAAGAAAAGAUGGAGUUAAAGAGGAAAUGGAAAGCAGGAUUACUGGUGUGACAACACCGGCAGAUGAGCGGCGCAACGGUGAGAGAGAGAGAAACUCUACCGGAGAGGGGGGAAAAAGAGGAAAAAAAAAAAAAAAAAAACAAAUCAGUGCAACAGGAUGAGGACCUGCUAGUGCACAGCCGGUCCGACCCCACAGACCUGCCAUCUGUCUCGCUGUUCUCUCCGUGUUCCUGACGCUCCCAGUAUCUGCUAACAUCUGGAUCACCCUGCAUCCAUAUGGAGAAAAGGGCAAGGGGGUACAAGAACUAAAUCUUAUCCUUGUCUUUUCUGAUCAGUCUGGACUUGAGGAGGCUCAUCAGUGGAUUUGAGGGGAUUCCUAAGUGACUGCGGAGUAUCAGGAACUGGACCAAAGGAGGAAGAGGAGGAGAAACUUUUACUCCAAACAUGAAGACGCGUGCGCAGGAUCUGUCUCUAUCUGUCUCUUGGCUGUGAAACUUCAAUUUUUUUUGCUUUUGUAAUUUCUUUUUUGACUUCCUAUGGAUGUGUUGUGUGUCUUGGCCCCAAAGAGGCAGAGGGAAAAGGAGGCAGAGGAGGCGGAGAGAGGGAGAAAGGAGGAAGAAAGAAGAAGCGCCGCUGCCGCUCAAGUGUUACCGGCGUGUGCGCUGCGCCGCUGAAGAGGCAUUUUAUCACUUUUCCUCCUCCCUGGUUUUUUUUUUUUUUUUUUUUUUUUUUUUCCCUCUCUCGCUCCUCUCCUCAUCCGACCAGCGGGGAGCCUGAGGGAUACAGACAGAGCGAGGCAGAGAGCUAAACACAGUGCACACACAGACAAAAAAGAAUCACACCACACGCGCAAACUGGAUGGAUGCGCGCCUUAGGGCUCCCGCACCUCUCAUCUUCUGUCACCCGUCUUCUCCUUUCACUUUUGGUGCUCUGUUUUCACCUCCAUGACCACUUGUACAUUCCUCCACAGUGUUAGACACACAAAAAAGACAGAGAAAGCCGAACAAGGUGAGGGAGAUCACAUACUUUUGUCAUGUCCUCCAGGGAGCGAGCAGACAUCCAAAGGUGCCAAAUAAAGACGCACUGAGAUUCUGAAGAAAAAACAAGUGCACAUACUCCAGACUUGGUCUAAAUGCGUACUCCUACAGGUGCUGAGAGGGUAGAGAGGCAGGUAAAAGCCGGGUGAGAAGGGGAAACAGAUACAGGGAAGGAGUUUGGAGGGAAAGCACCAGUAUGGAGCAGCUAGAGCUUUUGGAUGACAACACGACACGAAGGCAGUAGGGUGCCAACAUGGCCAUUCCCAAGGGACAUCCUCCUCCCUCUCCUUGGUCUCCUCUCUUCCUCCUCCUCCUCUUCCUCCUCCUCCUCAUAUCCUCCCCACUCCCACUGCAGGCCCGGCCCCUCCUCCUCCACCCGUCCAUCAACGUGGCGGUGGUGUUCAGCGGCUCCAGCUACCAGAAUGAGGUCAGAGGUCGUCUCAGCGGGGAGAACUUUGUCGACCUGCCCGUGGUGGUCAGCCCUGUGACAGUAUUGGUCAAUGACACAAACCCCCGCGACCUGCUGACACGCCUCUGUGAUACCAUGGCAACGGAAAAGCUGCACGGAGUUGUGUUUGAAGAUGAUGUUGGUUCAAAUGCUGACACUCAGGUGGCAGAGGUGGCACAAAUCCUGGACUUCCUCUCCACUCAGACAGCUCUGCCUAUUGUGGGUAUCAGUGGCGGCUCUGCAGUUGUCAUACCGUACAAGUCCGAGGGAUCCUCCUUCCUGCAGAUGGGGGCCUCUCUCGAGCAGCAGAUAGUCAGCAUGUUCAAGCUCAUGGAGGAGUACGACUGGGGCGACUUUGCCAUCGUCACCAGCAUGCUGCCAGGAUAUGACACCUUCGUGGAUAUAGUUGAGUCCUACAUAGAUACAUCCUACUUUCUGUGGAAUCUACAGGAUGUUCUCUCUCUGGAAAUGUCUGUGGGGGCUAAUGACGUGAGGGCUCGUCGGAUGCUGCAGCAGUUGGACUCUUCAGUUCUGCUGGCAUACUGCUCCCAUGAGGAAGCGCAGUACUUGUUUAGUCUAGCGGCUGAGGUGGGCCUGCUGGGACCGGGAUACAUCUGGAUCCUCCCCAGCCUGGCUGUAGGCAACCCUGACAACACUCCACCUGUCAGCUUCCCUGUUGGCGUGAUUGGAGUGAUUACAGACCAGUGGAGGAAGAGCUUGAGGCAGAGGGUGAGGGAGGGUGUUGCCAUCAUUGCCAAAGGUGCUGAGAGCUUCAGGAAGCACCAUGGGUUUAUUCCUGAAGGACACGGUGAUUGCAACAAACCACCUAAACAUUCAGACAACAAUACCCUGUUCAGGCAUAUGCUGAAUGUGACGUGGGAGAGGAGAGAUCUGUCAUUCAACAAUCAAGGCUUCCUUACCAACCCGUCCAUGAUUAUCGUUGCGCUGGACCGGGACAGACUCUGGGACAAGGUGGGUACGUAUGCUCGGGGCAUCCUCCAGGUCCGUUACCCUGUCUGGCCUCGUUACGGCAGCUUCCUGGAACAUGUGUCAGAUGAUCGCCACCUGACCGUGGCCACGCUGGAGGAGCAUCCCUUCGUCAUGGUGGAGAAUGUGGACCCGGGGACCGGUACCUGUGUACGCAACACGGUGCCCUGCAGGCGCCAGUCCAACCACACAGAGAGUAUCAUCGGUUACUCAGAGUCAUACACCAAACUGUGCUGUAAAGGAUUCUGCAUAGACAUCCUGAAGAAGCUGUCCCGCACCAUCAAGUUCUCCUACGACCUCUACCUGGUCACCAAUGGAAAACAUGGCAAGUUGGUGCGAGGGACUUGGAACGGCAUGAUUGGAGAGGUUGUGUAUAGACGAGCUGACAUGGCCAUUGGCUCUCUUACCAUCAACGAGGAGCGUUCAGAAAUCAUAGACUUCUCUGUGCCUUUUGUCGAGACAGGAAUCAGCGUUAUGGUAGCCCGCAGCAAUGGGACAGUGUCCCCAUCUGCCUUCCUUGAGCCCUACAGCCCAGCGGUUUGGGUCAUGAUGUUUGUGAUGUGCCUGACUGUAGUGGCGGUGACAGUGUUUGUGUUCGAAUACUUCAGUCCAGUUGGCUACAAUCGCAGUCUGGUCAGUGCCAAAGCUCCUGGUGGUCCCACAUUCACCAUCGGGAAGUCAGUGUGGCUUCUGUGGGGCAUCGUCUUCAACAACUCAGUCCCCAUUGAAAACCCUAAAGGAACAACCAGUAAGAUCAUGGUUCUGGUCUGGGCCUUCUUUGCCGUCAUCUUCUUGGCCUCUUACACUGCCAACCUGGCUGCCUUCAUGAUCCAGGAGCAGUACAUUGAUACUGUGUCUGGCCUCUCUGACAAGAAGUUUCAGAAACCACAAGAGCAUUACCCUCCUUUCCGCUUUGGGACGGUCCCCAAUGGGAGCACAGAGAGAAACAUCCGCAGCAACUACCCCGACAUGCAUACACAUAUGAUGAAAUACAACCAGAAGGGGGUGGAGGAAGCUCUCGAAAGCCUGAAAAACGGGAAACUAGAUGCCUUCAUCUACGAUGCUGCUGUUUUGAACUACAUGGCUGGGAAAGAUGAGGGCUGCAAGCUGGUGACCAUUGGAAGUGGAAAAGUUUUCGCUACUACAGGAUAUGGUAUUGCUCUGCAGAAGGACUCCCGGUGGAAACGACCCAUAGACCUGGCUCUGCUGCAGUUCCUCGGAGAUGGAGACACCCAGCGCUUGGAGACGGUGUGGUUGUCUGGGAUCUGCCAGAACGAGAAGAAUGAGGUGAUGAGCAGCAAGCUGGACAUCGACAACAUGGCAGGAGUUUUUUACAUGCUGCUCGUGGCCAUGGGCCUCAGCCUGCUGGUGUUUGCGUGGGAGCACUUGCUCUACUGGAAACUACGACAUUCUCUCCACAAGUCGCACAAACUCGACUUCCUGUUGGGCAUUAGUAGGGGUAUUUACAGUUGUUUCAAUGGUGUGGAAGAUGCUGGCCGUUCAUCCGGCUUGGCCAAACCUGACCUGACCUCCAACUAUGCUCAAGCAAACAUGCUGAAGAUGCUUCGCACUGCCAAGGACUUGGUCUCUACUGCUAAUGUUGAAUGCUCCCUUGACAACGCUACCAAGACCAUUGAACAGUUGAGUCGUCAUGGCAGCAGCUUGCCCGUUCGUGUACCGCAGGUCGCCACAGAGGCGGUACCGGGAGGAUUCGCCUAUGUAACAGAGAAUCACUCGUCUCUUCCCCAGCGCUCCCUCACCCCACCACUGGCAGCUGUUACACUAAAACAACAGAGAGGUAUGACCAGACCCACACCUCUGCGUUACACCCUCCCAACCCGCUCUGCGUCCUGUCUGUACGACCGGCCACUUCCUGUGUCCAGCCUCAGCAGCCCCCAUCUUGCUGUCAGUGAGCCGCUCCCUCAUCAGCACCCCCAUCAUUACCAGACCACUGGAAGGGUUUACGUAGACAGUCAUUCUCACUCACCUUUCAUCCCUUACAAUGAUCUCCAACUGCCUGAUAUCUACACAUCUCACCCCGUCACAUCUGCUCAAAAUCAGCAUGCUCAAGACUUUUCAAGGCGGAAAAGGAGGUCCAAGAGUUUCCAGUGUGAGGAUGGGGAUGUAGAGCGAAGAAAACACAGGGACCAGGAAAAGAGUGACCAAGCUCCAGUUUGUCUAAGUGAGCUCAAAAGCAACCACCUCCAGGACAACCAUGUCUCAGCCCCUAGUGUUGAGAACAUCUACCAAAGGGAGGUGCUCUGUCCUCGGAUGGAUAACUACAGCUCCUGGCCCCCAGAGGACCUUGUUAUCAGGGGGAGACGCAGGAACCGCCGCCCCUCCUUCCUUAAAGCCACUUGGGGCAGUGAGCAAAUCAAUCAGAUGGAUGAAUCCCAGUCAUCUCUUUCUGUUUCUAGUCAGUCACCUUCCACGCUACCAGACCUGUUCCCAUGCAUUCUUACACCGACCACAGCUGCGAAGGCCUACAACCCCUCCCACCUUCGAAACAACCUGUGCCUCCCACGGAACCAGACCUACCUCCACAUAAGGGAGGACCAGAGAAAGCCCAAUGGGCGCAAGGGCCAGAGGCUGCGGUACUCCCACUCCGCCCACUUGCCGACAUACGGCGAAGCAGUGCGCCAUGGGAGUGGUUUAGGGCGGGGAAUGGUGCGCAGAGCAACCAGUUUGCUCAGCAGACAAUACGCCCACUACCUGAACUCAUACCCUGGGCUGCCGCUUUACCAUGGCCCCCUGGACCUGCAGCACCACAGCCAGACCUCCUGUAGCCACCCAAGCGCCAACCCUAUGUGCCAGCUGCUGGCCUGUGGUGGUGGUCAGUGUGGAGGUCAGCGGGCACUGCUGUACCAGGAUAGCGUGUACGGGGCCUAUGGAGUUUAUCAGGGGUCUCGUACUGGAUCGGAGGCCAAGUUAGCACAGGGAGCAGGGGGCCAGCCAGCAGGGAGUCCUUGCAUGCUUCGUCCAUGGAGACGGGUCUCCAGUCUGGAGUCUGAGGUCUGAGGUCCACCAUAUGAAGGAGUCAUACUGGAGGUACACUACACAGGACUUCAAAUACCACUGUGGAGGAUUGUUAGUGGUUUGUUUAAAGUACCAGGGGGAAGCUUAAACUUGAAGUUUAUUUGCUAUGUGACAGUGUGCAGUCAAAGAUAGCAGUUUGGGUUUACACUGACACAUUUUACAGUUGUUAAGAGCAGAUUUGAUGUACUCGAACAGUACAGUGAGAUGAUAAGACUGCACUGUUACCAAUUUAUCCUCAAGAAAGCUUGAUGGAGCUGGCAGGUUUUAAUCUUGCUACUUUCCUACGACAAUGCUUGUGUGUUUUCUGUGCUUUAAUGUGCACUACAACAGUCCACGUUGUUGGCGCAUGGUUAAAUUGUAACCAGAUUUCAUGCUGUAUGUGUUGUGUAUAUUUUAUCGUGGAUUGGUGGGGACCUUUCUUGGUUGAUGUUAAGUAGAUGAAGUGUUUACAGCUGUAAAGAAAUAAAGGAUUAAGAAGGGAUUGACUCUUUAAAUACAGCCACCAAAAACAAGCAGCAACUGUAGCAAGAUUAAUGAAGACAUCUGCAAUGUACACGUGAAGAGUUUAACGCCAAAAUGAAAGUAAUACAAACAUUUUGACUCCAGACACUCAACAGCUGUUUUUAAUGAUUAAAUAAUCAUUUUGAGACAUCUGGUAAUGCAUUUCAGGUAACUUCUUUAAAUAUUUAUAAUGUUUUGGAGCUAAACCCUUCAUGUUUUCAUUUAGUGAUGAAUUGGGCUUUGUGAAAGCAGUCCAAAUGAACACGAUCUGUAUGAUGGAAAAGUAUCGGGACAGCUUCGACCAGCACUAGGUGUCUUAAACCAUGGACUCCUGUUCCUCACUGGGUCUCAGUAUGAGGCCGCAGUACAGCACAACAUCACACAGGGCCUCACAAUAAAUAAAUUAUGUAUUAUUAAAUAUAUCAAUAUAGAGAAAUGUGUUAUUUGAGGCUGGUCUGUGUCAUAUUCAUGUAUUCUAUAUUAUGAUAGGAAUUUAUAGUUACUCUUACUUACAAUUUUCUAAUCACACACUCUGGCACAUUCUAAAUUUCUUUUUGUAAAGCUGUUGCUAAUUUACUGGAAUAUUUGUUUUUACUGUAUUAACUAUCAGUUGGCCUAUAUUAAGAUUUUCAUCACUUUCUCUUUUCCACUCUUUUAUAUUCCUUCAUUAUCCCUCUUUUCCCCAUCCCCUCUAACUGUUUAAUGAUCAAAUUUAAAUGAGGUAAUUGAAAGCUAUUCUAGUAUCUAUAUUACCUGGUUCCCUCACCCUGUAAUUAAUCACUUAGAUCAAUUAAAGAGCCUUUUUGGAUGAA